AUGGAACACACUGAGAGAUCCAAGACACAUGCUGAGAAAGGACUCUUAGGAAAGAUAAAGCACUACCUCUCCAAGAGGCCACUGCCAUCUCCAGAUGACCGGGAGAAGUUUGAUCACGAGUUUGCCCUCUCCACUUCCUUUCACGGGAUCCACAACAUUGCCCAGAACCGGAGCAGGGUGCGCAAGGUGAUCUGGCUGUCCGUGGUGCUGGGCUCUGUCUCACUCGUGGUGUGGCAAAUCUACAGUCGCUUGGUCAACUUCUUCACGUGGCCCACCACCACAUCUGUAGAGGUGCAGUAUGUGGAAAAAAUCGAGUUCCCGGCUGUGACAUUCUGUAACUUGAAUAGAUUUCAAGCAGAGGCUGUAUCAAAAUUUGGCAUCAUUUUCUUCUUAUGGGAUGUAGUUUCCAAAGUCCUCCGCCUUCAGGAAGUUAAUGCAAACAUCACUCACUCUCCAGAGACCUUAGAUUUUGUUACAAGUCACCAAAAUUUCAGCAUUACAGAAUUUGUCAAGAACAAUGGUUUUUAUCUCAAUAAGGACACUUUGUUGGACUGUAAAUUUUUUGGAAAACCAUGUGGUCCAAAGGAUUUCAAACACGUUUUUACUGAAUAUGGAAAUUGCUUUACUUUUAACCACGGUGAGAAUUUCCAAAGCAAGAAUAAAGUGAGCUUGUCUGGAAGAGGCUUAAAGCUGCUCUUCAAUGUCCAUCAGGAGGAAUUUACUGAUAACCCCUUGCCUGGUUUUGCUGAUGCCGGGAUCAUCUUUGUCAUUCACUCGCCAAAGAAGGAGCCACAGUUUGAUGGCUUAGGUCUGUCUUCUCCUGUGGGCAUGCACUCACGGGUGACCAUCCGCCAAGUGAAGACAGUCCACCAGGAAUACCCGUGGGGAGAGUGCAAACCUGACAUCAAGCUGAAGAGCUUCAACACCUACAACACCUACAGCUGUCUGAAGGAGUGCAAAGCCCAGCACAUACAGAGGCUGUGCGGAUGCUUGCCCUUCCUGCUUCCAGGAAAUGGUGUCGAAUGCAAUCUACUAAAACACUACAACUGUGUGUCUCCUAUCAUUGACCACAUUGAGCUUGGGGGGCUGUGCACAAUGGGAACACACAACUCCAGCUGCCCCGUGUCAUGUGAAGAAACAGAAUACCCAGCUACUGUUUCCUAUUCUACUUUCCCAAGCCAGACAGCAUUAAAGUUUCUUGCAAAGAAAUUGAAUCAAAGUCAAGAAUAUCUCAGCGAGAAUCUUGUGAACAUUGAAAUAAACUAUAGUGACUUAAACUAUAAGAUAACACAGCAACAGAAGGCAGUGAGCGUCCCUGAGUUACUCGCCGAUGUUGGCGGUCAGCUGGGCCUAUUUUGUGGAGCUAGUCUGAUUACAAUUAUAGAAAUCAUUGAAUAUGUAUUGACCAAUUUCUACUGGAUAUUCAUUUUCCUUUUGCUGAAAAUACUUGAAAUGAUCCAGAGGUCUCCUCCACCUCAGGCAGUAUAG